AUGACCACAAAAGAUUAUCUGCACUGUGAUCUGUUGCCCGGUUCCUCGACAUCAUCAUCGUCACAACUCUCAGUCUAUCAGAGACCCUUGACGGACCAGUCGUUCCGCUUGAUCGUUUUCGACGCACUCGCUGGGGGCAUCGCGUAUGAGCGUUAUGUGAGCUAUCUAUUCAACUUCUGGGCAUAUGGCCGUCCUAUAUGCUCUUCUAUUUCUGGGGCAUGUUACGCGAGAAGGGUCGAUCAGCAAUCCAUAUCCCCCAUCAUGCACUUGAGGCUUUCAAAAAUGCAUCGCGACUACGGUUGCGGCUAUAUGCACAAUUUACAGUGUCCAAUGCUGGUAAAAUUCUCUAUGAUGGUGACGUUCUGGGCAAUCACUCCGUUCGACUCGCCGACAUUCACAUGUCUCUACGAACAUUCUGUAGACGAUGGAGUCUUGAUCUACAUUUUCCUUCAAGUAUUGAUCCACAGCACUCAAAAUGCAAAGGAACCUCGUCUUGUCCAAACGCAUUUGCCCUUUUUGGGCUCUGCUAUUGGCAUUCUGCGGCACAGAGGCAACUACUUCUCGACUUUGAGAACACGAUACCAAUUGCCCAUACAUACGCUGCGUAUGCCUUUCCAGCGAUUAUACAUAGUGCACGAACCGCACCUGAUCCAUGCCAUUCAGAGCAAAUCAAAUGCGACAAACUUUAUCCCAAAUUUGUUGGAAUUCGGUAUGCUCUUUAGUGGGAUACAUAAGGGGUCUCAGACUAUCCUGCGAGACGCAUUUGGGCUCAAGGGAAAUGGUUUCACUAUGAGCGUUCACAAGUACCUCUUGUCCGGCCUUUCACUGCAGAGUGCAACCAAAACAGCAAUCGAUAGAUUGAGUGCAAGCAUACCAAAUAACUUCGGGAAUGACCGAGAGGAGGGGUUGUUUGAGCUUCUCCGUCAUGAGCUGACAUUGGCUCUGACCGGAGCCAUAUACGGACCAGAAAACCCAUACGAUAAUCCUGAAAUCGAAUCGAGCUGGAGAGAUUUUCUUCCAGGCAUCAGCCACCUACUCUACAGCCCACUACCUUCGUUAACAGCUCGAAAGUCCUUGAAAGCACGAAGUCGUGUCAUUGAAGCUUUCAAAACAUACUUCGAAACAGACGGUCAUCUCCAGGCCUUUCCGAUGAUACCUGAAAUGUACGAGAUCAAUAGGUGUCAUGGUCUUUCCUCGGACGAAGCAGCGAAGAUGGAGAUGGCGACAUCACUUGCCAUGCUCAGCAGUGGGGCUAUUACUACAUUCUGGCUUUUAUUCGAGAUACUUUCGAAUGCAGAGGUCACUCGGAAGGUGCGCGAAGAACUGCUUGCGAUGACGAGCCAGCAGCCAGAGGAUUCGAGUGGCGUUUCUCGACCCCGUGUCUUGCAUCUAAACGGCAUCAAGAACAGCUGUUCAAUUCUCAUGGCUAUGCUGAACGAAACCCUUCGCUUUCACAGCACUGUGAUCAAUAUUAAACAAGUGCAGCAUGAAACUAAGCUCGCCGAUCAUUAUCUACUCAAGAAGAACGGAAUCGUAAUGAUUCCUAGCCAGAGCGUACACCACGAUACGGAUAUCUGGGGACCCAACGCGGUCACUUUCGAUCACCGCCGCUUUCUAUCUUCCGACGCGAAAAAGAAAAUUGCGAGUACUUCUGCUUUUCGUCCUUUCGGUGCCGGGAAGUCCAUGUGUCCCGGUCGGCACUUCUCUACUAAUGUCAUUUUGAGUUUGGUCGCUAUGGUUGUCUUGCAGUACAACGUAAUACCUUUGGAAGGGCAAUGGAAGGCUCCAACGAAGCGUAACGCCGACUUGUGGAAUGCCAUGCCAAAGCCUGAUUGGGACGUUCGAGUGCGACUUGUGAAAAGGGAGGAAGGCGAGAAGAUUGAUUGGAAUAAAAUCUUUUCCUUUGGCAAGAGGCUCCACCUUGACCAACUUGAGUUGGUAAAUUCCUGUGAAAAUAAUCAGAUCGUUUAUUUUCUUGGUGUUAGCAACGAGUGA